CAACGUGGGGUCCUUGAAUGACAUUGGGCCUUACAGCGCGUUAGAGAGACAAGACUUCCCCGAGAGGCCGAGUCAGGGUCUGGCAGAGCGCGAGACCCCCCCCCACCCAACCGUCACCAUGUUCCGACUCAUGCUCAGUCAGGCCAAGAAACAUCCAAGCUUGAUCCCUCUCUUUAUCUUUAUUGGAGCUGGAGGUUCUGGCGCAGCCCUGUACAUUAUGCGCCUGGCAAUGUUCAACCCUGAUGUCUGUUGGGACAAAAAGAAUAACCCUGAGCCUUGGAAUAAGCUGGCUCCCACUGAUCAGUACAAGUUCUAUUCGGUCAAUGUGGACUACAGCAAACUGAAGAAGGAUCGUCCUGACUUCUAAAGAACAAAUUCUUCUCCCUUUACAAGCUGCACAGAAUGAAGGUCUUCCAGAAGCUGUCCGCACAACUAAUACACUUAAUCAUCCAGGAAAUGUUAAUUAAGCUUGCCUCACAUUGCACUUUUAAUCAUGUGCUGGAAAGUAGCUUGUUGGGGCUUAAUAAACAUCUGAAACUUG